CCGCCUGACAACAGGAGGGCAGAGCAGAGAGGAUGAAGCCAGGCCCUGGAGGAGACUGUUCCCGGGGCGGCCGGCCCCAAUUCACCCCCCUAAACACCCCUCCUGCCUUCUCGCUGCUGGAGAAACCGCCCAGGAGGCUGCGGCCUGUGGGGUUACGGCGGGGGCUAUGGCGGCGACCUGGGAGUUCCACCUGCCCCUCUCCCCCGCCGACCUGCUGCGGGACGGCGGCUCUGGGCGCUACGUGGUGCAGGAGGUGCUGCCCCCCCGCGAGCUGCCGCCCGCCCUCACGGCCUUCCGGACUGCCUUUCGGGCUCGGGGCCCGCUGGCAGUGCUGCAGCAUUUCGACCCCCUCUACAGCUUGCUGCACCACUUCCAAGCUGUGGGGACUGAUGUCAAGGAGGAUGCCCUGGAGCUGAUGAUGCGCGUGGUGUCCCAUCAUUCCAAUGAACUUCCUGCCAUCUUGGGUGAUUCUGGGCUAAGCCACGCAGACCGCACUGCUCACCUCAAUGCUGUCAAGAUGAAUUGCUACUUGCUGACUGGCCUGCUGGAUGCCUUUGAAAUGGAAACCUGCAAAAGUGGUUUGUUGGAGAACAAGAACCACCGUACCAAGAGCUCUGGAUCCUUGUGGGAAGAGGAUAGGGAGCCGCUCUUAAGGCUACUCACGCAGGUGCUGCAGCUGGAUCUCCAUAAGCUUUGGGGUGGUUCAGUGGUGGAAGAAGAGUUCGUCAGCUUAAUGACAGGAAGCUGCUACCGUAUCCUGGAGAAUUCAAGUAUUGGUCUUCAGAAGUACCGGGCCACACGGGAGGCUGUGACACAUCUGCUUGCCACAGCUCUGGUUCAUUAUGAUCACAUGUUCAAUGCCACUCUGAAGAUCACACAGAUGCUGCAGCACUUUGAACAUGUAGCCCCAGUGUUUGCACAGGCUGUGAGCCUCUGGGCUACAGAGUAUGGUCUGAAAAGCCUGGUGGGUGAAUUGCUAAGGGAAGUUGGACAAAAAUGUCCACAGGAUCUGACUCGCGAUGCUUCUGGUAUCAAGGGUUAUGCUACCUUUAUAACUGAACUGGCUGAACAGAUUCCAGCUCUGGUGCUAUCCAACAUGAGCGUUCUCCUGCGUCACUUGGAUGGGGAGAGUUACAUGAUGCGAAAUGCCGUUCUGGUGGCUAUGGCAGCAGUGCUGGUGCAGGUGCUGAAUGGUGACCAGCUGGAGGAAGCUGCCCGUGGUACUCGGGACCAGUUCCUGAAUAUGCUGCAGGCCCAUGUCUGUGACAUCAAUGGCUUUGUGCGCAGCCGCGUGCUGCAGCUUUUCACUCGAAUCGUUCAGUGCAAGGCCCUGCCUUUGACUCAGUUUCAGUCUGUGGUAUCUCUGGCUGUUGGGCGUCUCAGAGACAAAUCUGUGGUAGUAGCUAAAAAUGCGAUCCAGCUCCUGGCUGCGUUUUUGUCCAACAAUCCCUUCUCCAGCAAGCUAAGCUGUACUGACUUGGCUGAGCCACUGAAGAAAGAGGUGCAGAAGCUGCAAGAAAUGAGAGACCGUGACAGAUCCACAGCAGUAGCUCCAGUGAUCACCCCAGAGGAAGAGUGGGAAGCGAUGCUGCCAGAAGUUAGGGCUGCCACACAGCAGCUCUUUCAACCACAGCAGGAAGGGGAAGAGGAGGUGCUGGAAGUUGAGGAAACAGCAGAGGGUACAUCAGAGCAAAUCACUAGGCUGCUGAGCAAGCUGAAUUACAAGAGUGCAGCCCGCCUUACGCAGAAGGCCCUGUGUCGCUUCCAGGGGAAGGAGCCCUUCAGUGGCCCCACAGAGGAAAAUGAGGAGGCAACAAUCCUGGGUGUUCUGAAGAGACUUUACACAGGUUCAUGCCCAGGUGAGAACAGUGAGGAUCCUCCACAUGGCAACAGUAGUCGUAAGACCAAAGAAGUUGUACCAGAAGAGCAGUCUCAGACAGAGCUGGUCAAACAGGAGAUGUUGGUGCAAUACCUGCAAGAUGCUUACAACUUCUCAGUGAAAAUCACAGAAGCCCUGAGCCUGAUCAGCAAGAUGUUGUACGAAAACUGUGUCUCAGUGGUGCAGGAAGCCAUUGAGUUCUUUGUGACAGUCUCGCAGUUUGGUGUGCCCCAGGCACUGGUUGGAGUCCGCAGGAUGCUCCCCCUCGUAUGGUCAAAAGAGCCUGGUAUUAAGGAGGCCGUGCUGAACGCCUACAGGCGGCUCUAUCUGAGCCCCACCGGGGAUUCGGAGAGGGCCAGAGCCCAAGGCCUGGUGCAUUCUCUCUCUCUCAUCAUGGUGGAUGCAUCGCUAGGAACGAUACAGUGCUUAGAAGAAAUAAUCUCGGAGUUUGUGCAGAAAGAUGAAAUAAAGCCUGCUGUGAUUCAGCUGCUUUGGGAGCGAUUCACAGAAAAAUCUCAGUGCUCAUCACUAGAGCGACGUGCUGCUGUGAUGCUGCUGGGGAUGAUGGCACGAGGGAAGCCAGAGAUCAUAGGUAGCAACCUGGACGUCUUGGUGACAGUAGGGCUGUCUGAGAAAGUAUGCGAAGACUAUCGCCUGGCUCAAGAAGUAUGCAAUGCCAUCGCCAAACUUGCUGGUAAACCUAAGCCAGCGCUGGGGAAUAACAACACACCUUUUCGACUGCCACAGAACCAUAUGCUCUUUGGUUGCCUGAGUAAGACUGUGAGUAAAGGCUUUGACCAGCCAAGUGGUCACUGGAUCCCCUUCAUGGAGGCAGCGGUAAUGCUCAUCUACCAGCUAGCGGAAGGGGCAGAGGAGAUAUGUGCUCACAUCCUGCAGGUGUGCAGUCAGCAAGCUCUGGAGAAGCUGCAGGAAGCUGAUGGGCAGAAAGCUGAUCCAGGAGUUUCUCCCAGCAGAGUCUCUGGUGGUGCUAGCAGUCUCCCCACGUUCCUGCUGACACACCUCGUGUCCCUUGUGGGACAGGUGGCACUGCAGCAGGUAGCACAUUUGGAAGUGUCAGUGAGUGCAGAGCUACGCAGACGCCGCAUCCUCAGAGAGGAGGAGAAAACCAGGAAGCAUUCUGACAGCAGCAUGAGGCAGAAGAGACUCCGGAGCACAGGAAAUGAGACCACUAUGGAGGAGGAGCUGGGCCUUGUGGGAGCCACAGCUGAUGACACCGAGGCUGAGCUCAUCCGCAAUGUUUGUGAGAAAGAACUUCUAGAUGGGAAGCACCUGUUCUCUGCCUUUGUUCCACUGGUGCUCAAGAUCUGCAACAACCCUGGGCUCUACAGUGAUUCGGCGCUCUCGGCUGCUGCAGCCCUAACUCUUGGCAAACUCUGCAUGAUCAGCUCCGAGUUCUGUGACUCCCACUUGCGCCUGCUGUUCACUAUGAUGGAGAAGUCCACUCUGCCUGGUGUGAGAUCCAACCUCAUUAUUGCAGCAGGAGAUCUGGCCAUCCGUUUCCCCAACCUGGUGGAGCCUUGGACAUCGCAUCUCUAUGCCAGGUUGCGGGACCCCUGCCCAAGCGUGAGGCAGACGGCUGGACUGGUGAUGACUCACCUCAUCCUCAAAGACAUGGUAAAGGUGAAGGGCCAAGUGAGCGAAAUGGCAUGUCUGCUUAUAGACCCAGAGGAGGCAAUCAUGGGAGUGGCUCAGAACUUUUUCAGUGAACUCUCCAACAAGGGUAAUGCCAUCUAUAACCUGCUUCCAGACAUAAUCAGUCGCCUCUCAGAUCCUGACUGCGGCGUAGAGGAGGAAUCCUUCCACAUUAUUAUGAGACAUCUAUUCUCAUAUAUUACAAAAGACAAACAGACAGAGAGCUUGGUGGAGAAACUUUGUCAGCGAUUCCGGACUGCCAGGCUAUUCCCUUGCACCUCAGCUAAGAAAUCAGUGUGUUCAACUGAGAAGUUGGGAUCUCCCCUGCAGUCCUGUCUGUUGAUACAGGCCUGUCCUUGUUCUGCAUGCGUGGGCUGCUCAGUACUAACUCUAUGCCUGGGACUCUGUUUUCUUAUUCUAGGGCUUGUGUCACUACACACUUGGUCCUUUGCUCUGUUCUGUCUGCAAGAUGUGUAUGCCUUGCUCGUGGUGCUGAUUACGGAGUAUAUAGUGCAGGACCCAUCCUGUGAACCUGGGAUAUCAUUUUGCUUCUUGGGUUUUCGGGUUAUUUUUGUUGCUUCUUUCCCCCUGCUUCCCAAGCUGUAACUUCACUGACCCAGAUGUGCUUCCCGCCCCCCCCCCCCCCCCCAGAAGAAAGAUAGUAGAAAUUUAUCUGCCUCUCUGUCAUGUACUUUCAGUGAUAUCUUCAUUUUACCUUCCACUGGCUUUGGUGCACCCUGCCUUCCUCCAUUCCUGUGGUUUUCCUUCUCCAUCGUUGUGGCUUUGCCCUUGAGGUUUAAGCUGUGUCUGCUUAUCUUGGCCACUUGUACACAGUGCCUGAGCGUGUGACCUGCUCAGCUGCCUCAGGGAGUUGCAUAUUCCCCAGAAAUAUUUGGAUUUUGUUUCCUGAGCUGGAGUGGAGAGUGGCCCCUCUCUCCAAAAUUGUCUCCCAGGAACACUGGUGAGCUCUUCACAUCACAAUCGUAAAGAGCCAUGUCUAGACUUUACUAAAAUGUCCUAAUAUUUCUGUACCACGAAGAUGAUGAGUUUAAUGCACACUAGCAGUAAUGCUAGAGUGAGACUCUCACUCCAGGUUAAAACAGGAGCUUAUCAGAAAAGAUUUGACAGCCACCAUCACCCUCCUCAGCAUUUCUGGAGAUCUAAACAUAGCAACAUGCCAGGUAUCGUUCAGACUUUAAAUGUGGAAACACCUGGAUGCUGCAGCUUUGUGCUCCAUCUGUCUGCAUUUGGACAGUGCGUUCUGGGAGAGCACAUGCAGGACAGACUUCUGGCCCUCUGUUUUGUAUGUAUUAAUAAUAGGGGCUUCAGCCUCGCUUUUUUUCCUCCUGUUCCGUCACAGUGAGCUACAUUAAUGAUGUUAGUUUGCUUUUUAUAACCCCCCCCCCCUUUUUUUUUUAAAGUAACUUUUGCUGGAAUUUGAAUGUAGUCCUCCUUUGAUACAGCAGU